UUUCCUCAUAAUAUUACGAGUUUGUUCUCGUAAAAUUGUGACUUUUUUUCUUGUUAGAAUACGACUUUUUCCUCUCCAUAUUUCAACUUCAUUCUCAUUGUUGUCAUUCAUGUUUUUUCCAUUUCUGCUGUUUUUUUUGUUGUUAUUUCCAACUAUUGCAACUGCAAUCAUUCAUUAUAGUUAUAUGAGUCAUGUAAACAUAUAUUUAAGUAUAUAUUUAUAAGAAAAAACUGCAUCUCAUCUUUAUGAUAUAAGUGAAAAAGCUCAAUAUUAGUACAAACUCCAGUACUCUCUUUUUUCCCCCAUUUUUGCUGUUUCCCCCCCCCCCAAUUAUUUCAACUUUCUCCUUACAUAAUCUGUCUUUUCAUAAUGUUUUUACUUUAUUCUCAUAAUAUUUGUAAUUUUUUUACUUUGGAACCAAUUGACCAUGAUAAACGAGGGGUUACUGCAUUGUAAAUUUAUUUUAAAAUCUCCGAUGGAGCACCAAGAGGUACUUGUACCGCAGUUUGAGAACCAAUGCGCGACACAGCACGUAUUCCAAUACCUAUAAAAAGCCAGCAGGUGACAGCAUCACUCUGCGAAGAUCUUCCUGUUGCCUUUCCAUUCCAUGUCUAUCUAUGGUGUUUAGUUUUCAUGAAGCUCUCUGAAAAAUGGGUCUCGGGAGACAAGCUCCAUUCUUUCUCCCUAUUUGGCUGGACUGGCAAAAGCACACAGGCACUCGAUACAACACAGAUAUCCUUUAUUGAAUCGAAGACAGAGAGCGCACGCACACGCGCACGCGCGCGCACUCUCCCUCGCUGAAAGUGAGACGGUGAAGCAAGCGGGACGGGAGACAGCCAAGCUGUAGCGGAAAGGGGGGAGAGGGGGAAAAAACGGACAAGGACAAACAGAUGCGGGGAGACAGAAAAGGAGAGGCAGGUGCUAGCAAGGAAGCGCAGCAUCUGCGGCAUCUUCUGCGAGCAGCGAGGGGAAGCUUUGUGAUCAGCAGAGCCAUAAACGCCACCGAAUGAUGGUUCUCCUUCAGCGUCCCACCAUCACCUCCACAGGACAUCUAAAAAGCUAAAGACCAUAUUUGAGGAAUCAGAGUUAUGCAGACUCCAGCAUCCAUGGUGAUGGGCAUCGUCUUCGCCCCCUUGGGACUGGUCCUGCUUUUUACCGCCGCCAUCACCCCCCAGUGGAGAGAGGGGCAGACCCGUCUGGACCUAGCCAGGCCGGGGUCGCUUCUCCGUACUAUGAUAAAAAGCCACGGAUCUGUGGACUCUCUUCUCUUGGUCCGCUCUGAUGGACUAUGGGAGAGCUGUCUUCAAGUGGAACACUCGGAGCUGAAGCAGUGCUGGCCAGUCGCAGGUCCCUAUCAGCGAGACCGGAGGGUGCGCCUGGCGCAGGGCCUGGUGCUGACCUCCCUGUUCCUGUGCGGCACGGGUAUCGUUCUGGCCUGCAUCGGCGUCCGCUGUUGGACAGACAUACCACUGCGAGGGGUGGCGGCUACAGGUGGACUCCUGGUGGUGAUGGCCGGGCUGCUCAGCAUGAUCGCUUUGGUGGUCUACACCCACAACCUGGAGAGGCUGGGGGUACAUGACUCCCAACAGGAGGUCAACAACACCCGCUUCCCUCAGCUGAGCCUGCGCCCGGCUGGCUCACUCUACUUCGGGUGGCUGGGUUCAUGUUUACAGGUGCUGGGAGGGGGCGCCCUCGUGUUCAGUUUCAAGCGACCAAAAUGCCGAACCUGCCCGGAGUUUGCCGCCUGCCCCGCUUGUCGUCGGUGCUCAGAGAUUCGCAACAAGCCUGACUCAGAUAUGACUGAAGACCGAUCCUCGAAAAGGUUGUUGCGGAUAUGACUGAUGUAUAUCCCGGAGCGGCCUUCUACAGCCAUGCUUUGUACUGUUAAACAACAUCACACUGUGUCCACACUACCGUAUCCACCUGGAUAUAAGACGUCCCUCUGCGUAACGGCUGCAUCUUUCCAGGUCAUGUGUGAGCGCCAGGAAGAAAAGCUCGCUUGUAGACAUAGGUCGGUCUGCAUGCACACAUCUGACGCCGAAUAAAACCACUUUUGUCUUAUAUUCGAGUCGUUACUGUAAACUUAUCUUACUUGUUUACACUUUCCAUCUGAUGUCUCUGUUCACUGAAAAUGGUGAAAAAAUAUUUUGGCAUAGCAGAUUGAUUUAUUCUGUGUAAAAAAAAAAAAAAUGUUGAAACUCACAUACAGGUAUAUGUGCUCGCACAUUCAGCAUUAAAUAAAAUGCAUUC